AUGAACUUUUAUGUGAUUUUUGCGCUGAUUUUUUGCGGAGGAGUUCAGGCUUAUGAUCGAACAAGGUGAGUGUUUUUGGGUGGAAAUUUUUGAAAUCCUAAUUUUUUGAGCUGAAAAUUAAUUAUCUAGAAAUUUAGAAGUAGUGCUUGAAAUAUACAGAUUUUUGGCCUAAAACUUUGAAACUUGUGAAAUCUGUAGAUUUUUAGAAGUUUUAGCUCCAAAUUGCGCUGAAAUGUCAGAUUUUCCAGUAUAGAAAUUUUAGUUUUUCAGUUGUUACAGCAGAAUUUUUAGAGCUAAAAAUGAUCUUGAAAUUGAAAACUUCUGAUGUGAAUUCUGUGGAUUUUCAGAAGUUUUAGAUCAAAAUUUCGUUAAUUUUUCAGAUUUUUCAGUUUAGAACUUCUCAAUUUUCUUGAGCUCAAAAUUAUCUUUUCAAACUUCAAAUCAAAAUUUUUUGAUUUAAAAAUAAUUCUAGAAAUUCAGAAAAUCUAGAAUUUUUGGGUCUGUGUAUUCUGCGAAUUUCCAGAAGUUUCAGUCACAAAUUCUGCUGAAAUUCAAGAUUUUCGACAUUUUUUCUAUAGUUUUUGGGAAUGGAACUGUAGAUCAGAAGUUCAGGUACUGUAGAACAGCAAUAUAAGUACUGUAGCUCAAAAACCUAGGUACUGUAGAUCAACAGCCGAGGUACUGUAGCUCAAAAACUUAGGUACUGAAGAUCAGCAGCCGAGGUACUGUAGGUUAGUAAUCCCGAGUACUGUAGAGAAGCUACUGUAGAUCAGUUACCCAGUAGGUCAGCAACCUAGGUACUGUAGAUCAGCUUGAGCUUAAAAUUCAAGUUGUCAGAAGUUGAGCUUCAGAAGUUGAACUUCAGAACCUUUUUUUUUCAAAGCUAAAAAUUUCACUGAAAAUCCUUUCCCUAACAUAACAUUUUUCUGAAAUCCACAUGAAAAUUCCUCAAGCUUUCACAAUUUUGAAACUUUUUUUGAAGCUGAAACUAUAAUUUCUUUAAAUCAACUUAAAAUUUAAAAAAGUUGUCAAAAAUUGAAUUUCAGAAUUUUUUUAAAAAUAUUUUCUGCUAAAAACUUCACUGAAAAUUCUACUUUUUUAGAACUUUGAUUCAAAAAUUCAGAAUUUUGCAUUUUUCCAAUUUUUUCCCAGUUGAAACUUUGGAAAAUAAAUUCCGGAAAAUCCCAAUUUUUUCCAAACCCAACCUAAAAUACAGUGUAGUUUGACACAUUCCCGUUCUCAAUUAUCAAUCAAAAAAACAAUUUUCAAAACCGGAUUUUUCUAGCAAAACUUUUUCGCGUUGCUAGAAAAAAAAUCGCGGUUCCAGGACACACCCAAAACCGGAAAACCCUACAAAAAAUCCCAGAUCCAAAAAAAUUUUUCAUCUAAAAUUUUCAGAUGUUGGACAUCGGGAAACAAUAAGCCGGCUCAAUGGUGGUCUCAAGGCGAAGUGAUAACACGUGGCAAAUAUUAUUACGAGUGUCGGAUGGGACAAUUGGAACCUUUGGGAUGUUUGUCACCACAGGAUCAGCAAGUUCCGAUUGGCAAUACUUUUAGACAGGAUGACUAUGAAUUUAUUUGUAGAUUGGGUGAGUCUGAGGCGGCCUAAAAACCCAAAUUGGAGUUUCUAGGCCACCAUCAUCCAUGUUUUUUCCAGGUUCCGAUGGCUACCUGGAAUUCGGCUAUAAUGCGUGUGUCGGAAGCGACGGUCGAACUUAUCAAAAGGGAGAAACUUGGACAGAUGCCAAGGUCGGUUUUGAACUGCUGAUUUAUUUUUUUUCUCCGAUAUUUUUCUGAGAAAAAAAAUGAAAGUUGAUAUUGACAAGACAAGAAAAAAAGAGAUAAAUUUGAUCGGACAAGGUUGAAGAUUGAAUUUGGGAGAAUUUUUGAAAGUGAUUUUUGCUGCUGAAAAAAAAAUUAGGAGAUCUUGAGAUGAUUUUUUUCUAUUGUCAAGAAGGAUCAGCGCCUAGAGAGCUUGGGUCUUAAACAGACGCGCCUAGGUCUCAAGUAGCCGCGCUUAGAGGGCAUAGUUCUCUAGCAGCCGCGCCUAGAAGGCAUUGUCCUCAAGUAGCAGCGCCUAGAGAGCCUAGGUCUCAAGUAGCUGCGCUUAGAGGGCAUAGUCCUCAAGUUGCCGCGUCUUAAGAACCUCAUUGUCUAGGUUCCGCACCUUGAGAAUCACUCUGCCUAGGAGCUGUCCCUUGAGAGCUUCUAUGCCAAGUAGCAGUGCCUAGGGAACCUAAUUAUCAAGCAGCUGUGCCUAGGGAACCUGAUUAUUAAGCAGCCGCUCCUAGAUUGUCUAGUCCUCAAGCAGCCGCGCCUAACGAACCUGAUUCUUAAGUAGCUGCCCCUUAAGAGCCUGUGUCUCAAGCAGCCGCGCCUAGAAAACGUAAUUGUCAAGGACGCGUAUCUAGAGUCUCAUUCUAACAAGGAGCGGCGCCUCAAAAACCUAAUCGUCAAGGACGCGUAUCUAGAGACCCACUCUCGCAAGGAGCGGCGCCUAGAAAAAUUCAAUUGUCAAGGAUCAGCGCCGAGAGCUCCGCACACAGAUACUAGAAAAAAAUCUCAAAAAUUUAUCCACGUGGAUUUUCGCACCAAAAAACCCCACACCAAAUUUUUUCUACAGAACAUGUACUAUUAUCGUUGCCGAGACGAUGGCCGCGUUGUCAAAGCGAUCAUCGAAGGUUGCAUUGCUCAUGAUAAGCAAAAACGAGUUCCAUUGGGCGAAUCGGACGAUUACCAAGGAUAUACGUAAGUUUUUUAUUGGCGCCAGAUAUUUUUUGUCUCGCUCGCUCUUGAUUUCGUGAUGAAGGUCAUGUCAAAUCGGGUUAUCAUCUUUGAUAUGAGAAAAAUCAAAAAUAAUACAGAUGUGUUAUUGAAAAGUGCAUGUGGAAAAUGAAAAAUUGAUGUGAUCUUGGAAUCAGAAAUAAAUUUAUAUCUUAUUUUUUGCAGCUACAAAUGUCAGCAAAAAUCGACGGGGAUUGUUCAAAUGUGCAGUGUUGGAUGUGUUCAUGAGGGAAGACGAUAUUCGGUUGGCGAACAAUAUAGAGUGAGUUGGGAUAAGUGGGUUUGAGAAGUGAGGGACUUUCAAGAAUUCCAAAUCUGAUAGCGAUUUGGAAAAUUAAUUUUUUUGGAAUUUUGAAAGUUCCUGGCUGGAUUUUCGGAAAAUCGGAUUUUUCAUUUUUUUUUUUGAGAAGUUAAUUUGAAGUUCUCAAUUGUUUUUUAGAAUUUUUAGAAGUUCUGAAUAUGAUUUUCAGAAGAUUUCAGUCCAGUGAUUUUAAGAUCUGAAAAUUCAACAUUUUUGGACCUUGAAGUUACAAUUUUGGUCUGAAUUGGGAUUUUUCGAGAAAUUUCCUAAUUUUAGCUUAGUGAGCUUGAAAUCUGUAAUUUUUUGAAUCUGGAAGCUCAAAAUCAGAAAUUAAAACCCACAGGUUCGAAAAUCUCCAAAUUUUCAGUCAAAAAUUGAGAUUUUCAGCUUCCCGGUUUAAGAAAAUGCUAAAAAUAUCACAUUUCUAGGUAACAGGACUGAAAUUUGCUGAAAAUUCCAAAUUUUGAGCCAAAAAUUGGUAUUUCAAGCUCUCCGGUCAAAAAAAUUCUGAAAAUUCCAGAUUUGCAAUUCACUGAGCUGGAAUUUGCUGAAAAUCCCAAAUUUUAAGUCAAAUCUUGGGGUUUUUAGCUCUAAGGUCCAAAAAAUGCUGAAAAUUCCAGAUUUUCAACUCACUGAACCGAAACUUGAUGAAAAUCCCAAAUUUUUGAAAUUGAAAAUCGAGAUUUUCAGCUCCGUGGUCCAAAAACUUCCAAAUUUCAAGCUCACUGAACUAAAGUUCCUUGAAAACCUUGAAUUUUGCGCUUCCAAGCCAAAAAAUGCUGGAAAUUCUAGAUUUGCAAUUCACUGAGCUGGAAUUCGCUGAAAAUCGCAAAUUUUCAGCUCUUAGGCUUUUUUCCAAAUUCGAGUUUGUGUUUUAUUAUCUUUGGAACACUUUUUUCCACUUUUGCAAAAUCUCUGAACCUUUUUGCUAAUUUUAAUAGGAUUAACCUUGAUUCGAUAAGGUUUCUGAUCAAAAAUCGUAAAAAUUGGAUGCGAUUGGUCGGAUUUAACGGUUUUCUCGCCAUAAAAUAAAGUUUUUGGAACAAUCCAAAGUUUUGGAGGGAAAAACGAGUAGAAACAUCGUUUCAAGACCCGACUUAUCUUACUGUAGCACUGCUUGAGCUGUGUUUAUUUUAGCUAAAUUUCUCAUUUUCAGGACGGAGACUACGUGUUCUACUGCAAAAUCAAGGCUGGAAAAUGCUCGAAACAAUGUAUUGGAUGUGUUGUUGAGGGAAAGAAUGUUUUCGAUGGUCAGAGAUUCAAAAGAGAUGGGACAACUUAUCAAUGCGAGGUUUGUAGAGGGGAAAAUCAAAAAUUUCAAGAUUUUAUAGCCAGUUUUUCAAGUUUUAAAAAUUUUAGAUAUCCUGCCUGAAAUCUAAAAUUUUAAAGUUUCUGAAAAUGAAUCAAGCCUUGAAAAAAAUUCAUAUUAUUUUUCUUAAUUUCUAAAAACUAAGUUCAAUAUUAGACUUAGUCUAACUUCCAAAACUCCCGCCAUUCAACUUCUUCUCUCCAGAUUCGCCCAUCUGCGCACAGAAUCCGCGCAGUUGGUUGUGCCAUCACUGAAAAUGGUCGAGACAUCAAUAAAGUGAUCGGAUGCCGUUGGUACGAGAACAAUUACGACUGGAAGAUCGAGAAAACUUGCGAAGCUUCUGGCACAGAUUCAGCUCAAGUCAAGGUCGUCGGUUGUAUUUACAAGUACAAAGGUUUUGACCGAAUUUUCCUGGAACCCGGAAAAUAUACGAUUUGGAAUUUGCCAAAAUCCAAAGAAUCAGUUGGUUUGAGUUGUCGAAAAACCGCGGAUUCAGCAGAGAUGACUAUAUUCGAUGUUUCGAAAUUGGAGCAAAAUACAUCCGGGUUACAGUAUGAUAUGCCACGUGGCAAAUAA